GCCCGCCGACGAUCCUCGCACUCAACCCUAUCGGGACUGAUGGCCGAUAAUGAUCCGAAACUCAAUGUCUCAAACUCCAACACGAAAGUGAUUUUGGAGGUCAUCAACGCCUUGAUCGGCGAUUGGGUUUCGGAUUUGACCUCCUCUUGCGUAUGGGUUUCGAAUUUAAAUGAUUUUGGAGCCAUCCACCACCGUCCAUCGUCCGAUACCAGCAUUACUCCGCCCUCUGCCCCUUCUUUCGCAAGUACAUCCCCACCUCCUCCCUUGUCCUCAUGGUCGGCUGAGGCAAUGCCGUGAGCUAAGGUAUGCGUACGAAGUGUUUGAUGAAAUUCCCGUGAGAAAUGUAGUAUCGUGGAUGAAAAUAGCAGUGACGGUAAAAAUGCUUGGAGCAGUGCGACGCGCCCACUUUCAGCAGCACGCAGAGGAAUGAAGCUAUGACUGAGCUGUGAUGUGAAAUUACUUGAGGUAAUUUCUUUGAAAUUAUUUUCCUACGUAAUUCAGGUUUGUUUAUCUUACAGUUCAUUUCUGAUCCUAUGUGACUAUAGUUUGUAGGAAUGAAUCUACGUACGUCUAUAUCUAUUUGUGGUCACUGAUAAAAAAGAGGUAAAAAAAUUUGUGCUUCAUGAUCUUCACUGAAACAAACCAUGGAUGGUUUGUUUCUAAAACUUCCUUCAGACCCAACAUUCUUUCUUUUUGACAAAAAAAUGUCCACAAUAUCGCGUCGAUAACAUUACGCCGGUUGUUACGAUUAUUUCUGCAUUUAGUGAAAACUGAAAAUGACACCUUUUUGUAGAUGAUAUGAUGCUAGCAUAACAUUUUGGACACUUUCCUGAAAAAUUAAUAAUUUGGACUUCGAAGUAUGUUUCAUUGGGUGGCGCUUCUCUGAUUGAGGUUUUGUUUGCACACUAAAUUUGAGUUUCAAUUGUUUGUCGUCUUUAUGAACGAUUUGUAUAUUGGUUGUAUUGUCCAGGGACUGAGAUAUUGAUGGAAAUGAUGGUCUUAGGUUUAUUUACUUCUUUAAGGUUUGUUUAGGAAUAACUGUCAGUUAAGCCAUUAGCCUGUUAUGUUCUCAAACUUGGUGUCUUUGAUCGAUAUACUUGCCAUUGAGUGACUUACAAUUUUCUUGCAUAAUGCGGUUUAACAUGAAAUUGACUACUUCAAAAUUAAUUGCUUGUUUUGGUGGAGUACGUAGAGAUGACGGUUGCAUGACUGCGCGAGCAUGGAGGUUGAACUUCGAGGGGUUAGCCCCAAGACUUGGAUACAUCUAGGGACAUGGAUCGACUCAAGUGGAAAUAGGGGGCUGAAAGUAGUGAAUCUGAUCAAAGAAAACCAGCUUCAUAGCAAUCUGAUCAAGGAAUGCAAGAUCUUCCUGUCAUUUAUAUUUUUGUUUUGGUCAUUUCCUCUUAUGGUCAUGUGUUGUGUGUUGUAUUGCUUUGGUGGUUGGCUUCAUUCAAAAUGGAAGAGAAAGUGAGUGAAUGCACAAUAUGAAUUCAUGUAGAAAUCCAAUUUGAUUGUAAUACAUUCCUAUCUUAAAUAGUAAAUACACUCUAAAUUUGUAGGUA